CCAGGGCCGGACUGGGACAAUAAAUCAGGCCGGGAAUUAUACACCCAGCCAGGCCACUACCAGUUUUCUUUUGAGGUGGACCUCAAUUCCUCUAGGGGGGGUCCGGGGGGGCCUACUAUUUGAUUGGGGAACAAAAGGCUUCACUUGUGGCCGGUUCAAACUUGAAAAACUUGGAAUCUUUAUGUAUGUAAAGUCAAGUUCUCAAUGGUUCGCUUUGUGGUGACGCUGAUGUUGACUUGUGCGCGCUUUCUAAAGGAGUGGCUCCAAUCGAAGCAGCGACCAAAGUCCACAACUCAUACAAAAACAGGCCUGUCCGGACACACAGGAAUAAUCGCUGACACAGUUUGUCACAUUUUAACACCGGUGUUCAGGAAGGAUUUAUCCUACAGAAACGACAACAGUAAGAAAUGCGUGCCACCUUUAAGAAGUGUCUGGUGCUGAUUUUGCUCGUUGGACUCCUGCUAGCCCUGUUUCAUGCUUGGAGCCCUGGGACCGGCUCAGCAGUUGACAUACGGCCAAGACAGGGGGGUCUUCUGAAGAAACUAAUCGAAGAGAAAACUCGAGACACCAUUGGUGACUAUCAUGACAUUGCCUACAAUAUAAAGGAAGAUGUGGCAGGUAAUGUGGCUCAGAAUACAUGUAUGUGUCUGGCCGAUAAAGAGAGCUUUCACCUGCCGUUUUCCAAUCUGCUGUUCCCAAGCGUUAGGGCCCACAAGUUUGAUGAGGCAUUCUUAGCAUCCCAUCCUGACCCCGAGGGUGUGAAGCAUCUCAGGGCUAAGGAGUACAGCAGGUUCCAAAAGAGGUCCUACACUCCCGCAGAUGUUCUUAUUGUAGCUGAAGCCAACAGUCCUCUCCAGUAUCCUACACAGGGCGUGGAGGUGCGCCCCCUCAAAACCAUCAUUAUUCCUGGUCUGGGUCUUAAAGAAGAAAAAGGAUCAAACCAUAGGGUAUAUUUGACAGCUACACUGGGGGUUUUUGAUGUCGCUGCUACAGUGGACGAGGUCUCUGUUGAAGGAGAUGGAGAAAAGCACAUGAUGCUGUCUAGUUCUCAUCUCCCUGCUCUGAACAGGCAGCUGCAGUUCGUCACAUACACAAACACUGUUUUCCAUCCCAAGACAGCAGAUACAGUUCAUUUUGCCACUGAUGGUCACCAGUCAUUUUUCACAGUUAAAGUUGGACAUGGAACUAUACCUACACUUUACAACACUGGAUAUGAAAAAGAAUACAAUAUUAGUGCUCUCGUAACCAUCGCCACCAAGACCUUUCUACGCUAUGACAAACUAAAAGAGCUUAUUGACAGCAUACGCAAAUAUUAUCCCACCGUCACCAUAGUGAUAGCAGAUGAUAAUGAACACCCUCAGCCAGUGACCGGGCCUCACAUUGACCAUUACAUCAUGCCAUUUGGAAAGGGCUGGUUUGCGGGCAGAAACCUUGCAGUGUCUCAAGUGACCACCAAGUAUGUGCUCUGGGUGGAUGACGACUUCUUCUUCACCACAAACACCAAGCUGGAGCAGAUGGUGGACAUCUUAGAAAAGACCACUCUGGAUCUGGUGGCUGGAUCAGUUAGGGAGGCGACAGGCUACACUGCUACAUUCCGUCACACCAUUUCAGUGGAAGAGGGCGGAGAGGAGGGCGACUGUUUACAUAUCAGAAAAGGCUACCACCAUGUCAUAGAAGGAUUUCCCAACUGUGUGGUAGCAGAUGCCGUCAUCAACUUCUUCAUGGGGAGGACAGACAAGGUGCAGCAGGUGGGCUUUAACCCCCGCCUGGCACGGCAAGCUCAUCUAGAGUUUUUCAUCGACGGCCUGGGCUCCCUCCACAUUGGCUCGUGUAGUGACAUCAUUGUCAACCACGCAUCAAAGAUCCAGCUACCCUGGACUAAAACAGAAUCACAAAAGACCUAUGAUAAAUUCCGCUAUUCACCUUCCAGUAAUGACCAUAACAUUCAUCAGGAAGUCUUCUACUUCAAGAACAGGUUCAAAUGUGAGACCAGUAAAUAAACCAUAUUGUUGGUCUUUUUGCUGCUAUAAUGUGAGUUCAUCCUUUAUUCUCACGUAAAGACUGCCGAAAAUUACAUUUGUAUACUGAAGAACUUGCUGUUUAACGGAUUGUGUGGACAGAUUAUGUUCUGUGAACAGAUUGCGACUCAUGGUACAGACAGAGAAGUUCUAACAGACAUACAACUCCAUAUAUAGAGUGAACCUCAACUAUUAAUGCACUGAAAGUAUCAUGUUGUUUUUUUGUGUUUUUUGCCAUAGUUACUUUGACUUGCAGUGGUUCUUUACUAUAAGACACCCACCCACAGCCCUAUCUGAUAAGCUUGCAUUCUGUAAUUACCUUAACUGUUUAAUAAGUGGUUAUGGUUUCCUUGUAUGGUUAUUUGGUCCUUCAUCAUAGAUGAUAGAUCUAAAUAAUCUGUGGCCACAUUCAUGAAUUCAAGUGAUCCAUAAUAAUUGAUGUAUUGGCUUCUUUUUAACCAGUAUGUUCAAGGUUAAUUUGCACUAAAAUCAAUUGGAGUAAGUGUAAGGUGCACAAUCUUAUCUGUAACUAGAACACAGACUUUUGAAUGGAUAUCUAAUUUAUUUAGCUGAUCAUAAUUGUUAUCCGGUUGUCUUACCCCCCUUGAAUCUCCGCUCUAGAGUUAACUCGAUGCUGUUGAAUGUAUUUGAUUUAAAACAAAAUCUGUAGUACUUGCUGGAAAAUGUCAAUAAUGUAUUAAUUUUUUUGUAGUGUCACAGUAACAGAUCAUUUAUUUGUGCAUUUUGCUCUGUAAGUGGGAAAAAAGACAGAUGUAAAGACAGUAGUUGGCUUGCUUCUCUGAAAGGUAACACCCAUUAAACCAAAAAUAAUGUUUCUACUGCCCAGUUUGUUAAUUGCAACUCUACAAAUGUAGUCAAUAUGGGCACUUGCUGAACAACCUAUAAAGUACAAAUACUCAUACUAAAUGAGCUCUUAAAGUCCUUAUUUCCAAAGCACAAAACAGCAACCAUAACAGAAAAUAUGGACUAUGUAAUUCAAUAGAAGCCAUGGGCAACAAUUCUCUCUUCAGAGUCUUUUAGAGAAGUAAGGUUCCACCAUAUAUUUCCCAAAGACAGAUGUUUAAUGGUGUGAUUUAUGUUUACAACAAUAUUUGCGGUUGAUGCUUUAGAAAAAGCCUUCGACUGAAAUGCUUCAGCGAUGAGUCUUGAUUAAUGUAAAUCUCUACCUGCAUUUUUUGCUUUAAUUGUUUGCAUCAUUGUUUCCUUUUCAGCUAAUUUAUAUUGUUCGGUUUAACAACCACGUGUGAUCUGUACUUGUGUUUGACUCCAACAAGAAUUAAAAAAACAAGUCAAUAAACGUUUUUGUUAA